GUUGUUGUAAACCGUUUGGGGGCAGGGCCUUUGAUCUGCCCGGAUUCCUCCGGCAGGCAGGCAGGAAGCCUUUGGAGGGGCCCCGGCCGGCUGCUGGGAGCUCGUUCUUUGGCUCCACCUGCGGACUCCCUCGGCCAAGCACCGGCUAAGCGCGGGCGGCAAAGGGCAAAGGUGCGCUGGGCUUUCGCCCUGCCGGGAGUCCUCGAAGCGCUAUGACCGUCGGGGCCAAGGCGGGGGGUACUACCCUGAGAGCCCGGGGGCGCCGGCUGGGGCCCGCGGAAGACCAGAUCGCCAUCCUCGGGGCAGAAGCGGAGGAGGAGGAGGAGCGAGAGAAGCGGGCGCCCGAGGGCCCCGCCGAGGAAGGGCCCGGCUGCUCCUCCAAGCAAGUCGCCUUCGCCCUUCUCCCAGACAAGUACGAACCUUUCGGCGCCGACGGGGAGCAGCGAGCGCCAGCGGGCGAGCGCAAAAGCCAAAAGCGCCGGAGGAAGCUCAGGAAAUACGGCAAGAAUGUGGGCAAGGUGCUGCAGAAAGGAUGCCGUUAUGUGGUGCUCGGCCUGCAAGGCUUAGCCAAUGCCUACUCGUCACCCUUUGGAGUGGCUGUUUCGGUAGCAACGCUGUUUCGGUAGACGAGCUGCCUGCUCCUUUCGAGAUGGAAGAGAAAAGAAGCCAUCGCUGAAGUGCAUUCCAGUUUCCCUGUCUUCGGAAAUGGCGGCAUUUCAGCUGUACGAAAUGGAUCAAACUGGACGUUUGGAAGGCUUGAUGGUUCUCCUAGAGCCGGUACCUUACACUUGUCAGAAAUGGUUUAGUUAACAUUAGAUCAAAGAAUGAAUCAGACCAAAGGAAUGAUAUUUUGAUUAGCUUGAAUCAGAUUUUGUCCUUUAAAAACAGAGUCAGAGAAGUCCUCCUGGAUUACAGAGGAAGAGGGGGAAAGUGAGCCAGAGGGAGAGAAAGGAAAUGGUUAAAAGAAAGAAGGAAGAAAAGAGAAGGGAAGAGAAAAAAGCCCCUCCUUUCUGAUCCAGGAUCAUCUGGCAGUCAGCAGAGGCAGUUUCAUUAUAAUUGCUUCUCUAUCAUUAUUUACCUUUGGUUUAGAAGUUAGAGGGUGGGAACACUGCCAGAAUCAGGCUGGACUCAGAAGAAACUGGAGAAGGGGAGGGGGUUGUUUAUCAGACAGAAAGAAAGGUAGAGGCAGAGCUUAGGAAUACCUACUGUGUUUCAGAUAAUGUGAGUCCAUUUCCAGUUACCUUGCAGCAUGGUUCUCAAUAGGAUGUAGGCCUCCCUGGUAGGAUUGCCAGGUUCACUCUUGGAAACAUCUGGAUCUUUAGGGAAUUCGCAGAAAGGAAGCUUUUGCCAGGUGUACCUUCUCACUGCCAUCAGCAUGAUAGUAAACACCACACUGGUGAAAUUUUCUAUAACUCCCAAUGAUAAAAUAAUAUGUCUCCUCCUCCUCUCAGAACAUGGGCUUGGAAAAUCUCUAGAGAAGCAAAGGGGCAGUUUCGGAGGAAGCAUAACAUUUGAACACAUGAAACUGCCUCAUACUGAAUCAUACCAUUGGUCUAACAAGGCCAGUAUUGCCUACUGAUCGGCAGCAGCUCUCCAGGGCCUCAGGUAGAGGUCUUUCACAUCACCUACUACUUAAUCCUUGUAAGUGGAGAUGCCAGGGAUUGAACCUGGGAGCUAUGUGCAACUCAGAUACUCCACCAGUGAGCCAUGUCCCCUUCCAUUAUGCCUUGGCGGGACUGGCAGUCCAAGUGCCUUCACUGUAAACCAGUAUCAUGUAGGAAGCAGAGUGUUGUACAUCUUAUCUUAGUAGAUUGGUUGGAAUUCUGCAGCAAAGCCUAUUGAGGAAGGGCAGGAUACUCACGAAAUAAUAAAAUGGCAUCUAGUCUAGUCUAGCCUUGUCCAAAAUCGAUCUACCAAAUGCAGAUCAUGGUAACCCAUUCAGAAUGGACAGAGAGUAGGACUGUAGCAGCCAGUUUUGCUCCCAAGCUAUGCACACUUACUGAAAUUUAUGCCCAGAGUAUGUACAUGUGCAUAGAGUUUGUAUCCAUGUAUCCAUGUACAGCUCUCUCCAUAGGAUUAGGAAUUAUAUCACAAGCAAAGUAAUUGGAGCACAGUAGGAAGAUCUCUCUGGAGCAAAUAUGUUGGUUGGUUGGUUGAAUGAUUGAUUGAUUAGAUUUUUAGCCUGCUCUCCCCGCAAGUAGGCUCAGGACGGGUUACAAUCAUAAAUAAGUUACAAUAGAUAAAACCAAUAAAAUAACAUCUCAGUGCAAACAUGAAUAUCAGCAUUCCAGAAGGGGCACCCUUCCCCUUCCCCUGCCCACCAUACACAAGGUAAGAAAAGGGUUGAGGUGCGGGUUGGCAGGAGACCGGCAGGGAGGCUAAUUAGAUGGAUCCAGUGCGGGCCUCAAAACCAUACACCUGGCAGAACAUCUCUAUCUUACAGGCCCACCAAAAAGAUACAAGAUCUUGGCGGACCCAAGUGUCUUCCAAUUCCACCAGGUUGGGGCCAGGACAGAAAACGCCCUGGCCCUGCUCGAGGCCAGCCGAGCCUCCAUGAGGCCAGGGACCACCAGUAGGUGUUUACCUGCAGAUUUAAGAGCUCUCCGAGGUACGUACAUGUUAAGAUGGUUCAUGCUACAUGAAUCAGUUACUUGAACCAUAUGUUUAGGUUUCAGCAGAUCAAACCACAUGAGCCAGUAAAAAGUACACACACACACGCCACACUUAAGUUAACUAAGGAAAGUUUCAUGGAUGUGGGAUAGUGACAUAUGGUACAGCAAGACUUGUAGAAUUAUAUGUGUAUGUAGGGCAGGGAAGUCUGAUCAUGGCAUGUAAUAUAACUCAUUUCCAUGUUGGGCACCAAAAAUAAAGUAUCAAAAGCACACCUCACUGUUCAAUAUAUUAAGCACUAAACUGGAUUGCUGGGAUUAACAAUCUUGCUGCCAUUGAAGGAGAGAUAUUGUGUGUGAGAUGGACUGCAGAUGAACUGAAACGUUGUAUUCCCAAACCAUACUUGUCUUCUUUUCUGAUAAAUACUUUUUGAUACACA